AAGGCUUCAAUUAACUAAUGAAGGUGAUAAAUCAAUUUUAGUUCAAAAUCAUAGGCGUAGACCAAUUCCAUUGUUUAUAAAACCCCUUAAAAGCCAUCUGCAGGGGCCAAACAAAAUGAAUCCGGUCCUCAUUUGGGCUAGUGGUUAGAAAUAAAUAAGGAAAUCCCGAAAACGUAAUUUCUGGUCCAUUUCUGAUCGCAAUGGAGGGCGAGAAAGUCACGUCGGAAAGCGUACGUCACUAACAAUAAAGCUCCGUCCUAGAAAUGUUUUUAUUUUGACAACGAGAUGAUCCAAUUCGCUAACGAGAGAAAAUACAUUGCACGCCACGUUGACAUUUAGUCGUGAAGCGCAAGUUUGUGUUUGCAUAUCCUGCCUGUAAACUAUUCCCGGGCUGGAUCAGGUCUCCGGGGGGCGGGCGGCUCUGACAGCCCAACCCCCUGCAGUCACGUGGGCGCGUUUCGCGCGAAAGUUUGUUACAUUUCGCCCGCUUGCGGCUUCCGGUCACUGAGAAACAAGGUGAGGGGGAAGGGUCUGGAUGCAUCACCUUUUAGAUUUUAAAGCGUGGAAGAGACUCCCCAGUUAGCCGUGGUGACUGAAACGUAAAUUAAUUUGCACAUCUGAGCUUGUAGGGGUAGACUGACGCUUCAUUUCGCUUGUAGUUUACGGCGCUGCGUGUAGAGCUGUGAAACAGUCCAGGACGUAAUGUAAGUUACCGGGUUGGCAAUACAUUAUUUUAUUCUGGAGAUUUUCUCCCCUUUUGUUUUGCAUCGCUUUCAGGAAUAAGGCUUUUACCCCGCUUCCAAAGCUCGGAUUUGCCUAUAUCCAGCACAAUGGCUCAGGCUCGGGUAACCGAUUACUUUGCGCAGAAUAAGAAAGGGGGUGUCGAUAGGGUUCUGCGGAGCAAACGGCAGAAAAACGAGGCGGCGGGAGAAGCUGUGGUUCUGGGCGGACCGGCAGGGACCGGAGGGGCUUCCAGAACCGCGCGUUCUAGAAGGAAGAACGCCGAUUGUCCGGCGGCAGCGGGGCUGGAGCUCGUGGAACCGUCGGCGAUUGUUCAGGCGCGGGCCUCUCGUUCCAAAAGAGCCGCCCCUGACUCGGGGGGCGACGGAGAAGUAGCCGAGGGAGAGAUCAAGUCGGACACCGCCGCGGGGAGCGCAGGGGUUUCCGCCGACGGGCUCCCUGCGGGUCCGGAAGACAACCCCCCCGUCGGCCCUCCCCGGACCCCCAAGCGCAGCUCCAGCCAGGCGGAGUUCGACCUGAGCUCGGAGGUGUUCUGCCGCAGGACCGGGCACAGCUCGGCGAAGAAACGCGCCCGGGCCGACGCGGACGGGGAGGCGAGCGCGGCCGGCGCGUCGGGGGCCGUGAAGAAGUCUGCCCGCAAGAAGCUGCUUCUCCUCAAAGAUGGAGAAACGCAGGAACAGGUGUCCGGGCCGACUCUCCAGCUGGCCAGCCCCCUGUCUGUGGACAAGAAGGUGAAGAACCUGGUGAACCGCAGUGCUGGCUCCUCCCCCGUGUGCCAGCGCGAUGGCGCGGGCAGCGGCAAGCCCCUCUCCCUGGAGGACAUGGGAGCUCUCAGGGCGCGUCUGCAGAAGAUCAAGGAGCGGGACCAGCUGGUGGGCCGGUCCCACCCUGCCUCCACCCCUGCCCCCCCGGCCGCAGAGCUGAAAGCCCGGCUGGACCGAGCCCGGGAGCUGGGAGCGAAGACCCAGCGCAGGAAGGAGGAGAAGUCUGCGGAAGUGGAGAACGAGCUGGAUCCCGUGGAGAGCGAGAAGGUGCCAGCGUACCAGCGAUACCACACCCUUGCCCAGGAUGUGCCACCAGGCCUGUCCUUGCCCUACAAGUACAAGAUGUUGGCGGAGAUGUUCCGCUGUCUGGAUACCAUUGUGAGCAUUCUCUUCAACCGCUCGGAGACUGCCACCUUCGCUAAGGUCAAGCAGGGAGUCCAGGACAUGAUGCACAAGCGGUUUGAGGAGAGCCAUGUGGGCCAGAUAAAGACGGUCUACCCCACAGCAUACACCUUCCGGCAGGAAAAGAACAUCCCCACCUUCAGCGACAGGGUGAAGCAGUCCAGCUACCAGCUGACCAUAGAGCCUGUUAUUGACAUGGAGGAGAAGAGUGAUGCUCGCCCGCAGCUGUCGGCCUCUCAUCUGCUGGAGCGCCGGCGCGGCUUCCACCAGCGGCUGGUGACCAUCGUGAAGGAGCACCACAAGGCGUUUCUCGAUUCCUUAACCCCACCCCUCAGUGUCCCCGACGACAAGCUGACCCGCUGGCACCCUCGUUUCAACGUAGACCAGGUCCCCAACAUCCCAGCUUGUGAGCUUCCCCAGCCGCCCCAGGUUGACAGACUGACCACAGCCCAGGAGGUGCUGAACAAGGCCCGGAGCCUGAUGACCCCCAAGAUGGAGAAGGCACUGGCUAACAUGGCUCUGAAGACCGCGGAGAGCUUGGGCGCCGCAGACAAGCAGGAAUCCUCCCCGAAGCCAGCGCCCGCUACUCCUAGCGCUCUCAGAGGGGUGUCCCAGUCCCUGCUGGAGAGGAUCAGAGCAAAGGAGGCUCAGAAGCUUCAGGCCAUGAUGACCCGCGACCCCCAGCAGGAGGAGCGCCUGCUCAUGAUGUCCCGGCUGGGGGAGCUGGCGAGGAUCCUGCGCAACGUCUUCGUGGCGGAGAAGAAGCCGGCGCUCAUCAUGGAGCUGGCCUGCAACCGCGUGAUCGCUAGCCACCGCUCGCUGAUGACCACAGGCGAGAUGGAGAAGCAUUUGAAACUGCUGUCCGAGCUGACUCCCGAGUGGCUGGCCAUUCACCCCGUCAGGAAGGACUUGUACCUGAAGCUGAACAAGAACAUGGAUCUGAAUGUGGUGCUGGAGCAGCUGAGCCAGAAGGCCAAAGCCGAGGAGAGGUGCUGAACCUCAGCCCCUAGAGGAGCUGGAUGACUGGAGUCACUUUUUGAACUGUCUGAAACUUGAACACGGAAGAUGUCGUUUUUAAACCGCUUCCUUUUGGAUCUUUUUCUUUUAUAAAGACUUGGUUGUCGUCUUCACUGGACAAGCACUCUUUAGUUUUUAAACCUUUGUAAGUGCGUCGAGUCCGGGUGGAGCGAUGCAGGCUAGAUAAGACUGUUUUAAUGUUUUUAUUUUUGGGAGGGAGUGCGACUUCUAAGGAUCUGAGGAUUCCAACACUACAUGUUUGAAAGUGUUCAAUGUGCAGUUAAUUUGGGUUUACCUGUUUCAGGAUAGGUGAAACUAACUGAUUUAAUUUGAAAGAUUAAGCCUGGGUUUCAUUAUCACUUGCCCAUAACAAUAAUAACAAUAAAGCAUUCCAUUUACAAUU